AUCAAAAUCGACAAUCUUUUCAUCCUCAUCAUAAUCAUCAUGACAAUAAAUCACCAUCACAAUUACCAACAUCAUCUGAGCCUGGAUCAGCUGAGAAUGUUGAACAAAUUGUUUCUAAAUUCAGUUCAUGGGCUCGGUCAAGUUUGACCCAAGAUGGGCCCAAUACAAGUAAGCCCAUUGUCACCACAGCAGAUACUGGUAAAGGUGGACAAUGGGAGGUCAGAAAACACUCAUUGCAAUCAAAUGUUAAUAGUAAUCAACCACCAGCAAAUUUAAUGUCCAUCAUUUUACCCAAUUUUCAACCUUUACCGCCGAGUUCUGAAUCUUCAAUAUCGUCAUCACCAUCAUCUUCAACACCGACCAAACAAUUACCAUUCGUACCUUUUGAAAGUGGGUUUUUUGGGUUCAUUGGACAGCCAGAUGAUUUUUACAAAGGAAAUGAUGUUUCUAAGAAUGGAAUUAAAAGUUCAUUGGAAAAUGUCCAACGACAUGAGGAUGAGGAUGAAGAUAAAGAGAAGGAUGAGAAAGAGAAAGAGAAACACAAAUUAAGAUUAUUAGAAGAGUCUUCAUCAUCUUCGUCAUCUUCAUCUUCAGAGGAUGAUGAUGAUUCUAAAGAUGAGAAAAAAGUGAAUGAAGAAAAAAAAUCAAAGAAUAAAAGAGACAAGGAGAAUAGAGAAGAAGAUAGUGAUGAAGAUGAAGAUGAAGACAAAGAAGAUGAAGACCAAGAUGAUAAAAGGAAAGAGAAAGAGAAAGAGAAAGAGAAAGAGAAAGAGAAAGAGAAAGAAGAUGAGGAUGAUGAGAAUGAGAAUGAGACAAAUAAAAAGGCAAAGCAAACAAAAAAUGAAGAAAAGAAAGUUUCUGUUGAUAAAGAUGAUCGAAAUGAUAGUAAGAAUGAGUCUAAGAAAAUUAAACAAGAUGAACUAUCAGGUGACUCGAACAUGUCCAAACCAAACUCACUCAACGAACAAUCAACAAACCAAAAUUCGAAUAAUGACCAAUCAGCUGACCAGCAACAAGAAAAAGAGUCUCAACCUGAAUCACUUCCAGCUAUUGACAAACAAACUGAGAAAUCAAUGGAACCGAUUAAUCCUGGCCAACCAGAAACGAUCAAAACUGAAUCAGAAAGUUCAUCACAACUUAUCAUUGAAUCAACACAAAAAGUUCAACCCCAAGCAACUAACACCAAAUCGGAAAGUAAUUCUGAACCAGAAGCAACUUCCUCACCUCAAGCUGAUCAGAAAACACCAAUGGCCGAUUCAACGCCAAAUGAAUCAACAAUCAGCUCGACUGAUUUUAGUUCACCCAAACAACUUGAUUUGGUUGAUUCAAAGGAAACAAUUAGUUCAACUGAUUCCACUGAUUCUUCACAAUCCUCUGUUUCUGGUCAAGUUGAUAAUCAAUCAGUUGCAUCAACUGAUGAAGUUCAUUCAGCAUCAUCGUCACAAUCAAAUCAAACCUCUAACCCAAUAAGAAAUGAACAAACUACAGCUCAAGAAAUUGAUAAUCCAUCGGUCGAAACUUUAAAUGACCAAUCGACACCAAUUGGCCCUGAAACAUUAUCAAAAGAUAAUAUUGAUUUAGUUUAUCAAGAUAACUCGAUUGUCAAGACAGAAGCCCAAACUAAGUCUAUAGAUUAUGAAGAUAGUAAUAAGAUUGAAAAAUUAACUACAUCAUCUCCAACAAUCAACGCAGAGACCCGAUCAUCUGAAAGUGGCCUAGAAAUACCCUCAACCGCUAAUGAAAUCAAUUCCAUAGAACCAGAGUCCAAUAAAGUUGAGUCUAAAACAGUAACUGAGACUUCAGUUUCUAACAAUCAGCCAGAAAUUAACACAAUUGAAUCAUUAACUGAAUCAAUCACUAGUCUACCUGUUGCCUCAAGCCCUAAAUCUGAAACAACUAAUGAAUCUAAUCAAGUUGAGUCUAAGCCAAUAAUCAAUGAUUCUAGUGCAAAUAAUCAACCAGAGAUUAACACAGUUGAAUCAAUCAACUCAAAAGAGCCGAUAACAGAGUCAAUUACUAACCACCCUGAUAUUUUAACUUCUGAAACUGAAUCACCAAUUGAAGUUGUUAAUAAAAUUGAGCAAUCAGAUUCCGUUGUAACAAAAGAUGAGAAAAGUUCAUCAAAAGUUGAUCAAAAUGAACAAAAUUCAGCAACCCGUUCAACUAAUGCUGCAAUUGAGACAAUUUCACCAGAAACUGAAGAUGAGAUCAAAACUGAAUCGGAAACCAAAGCUUCAGUAGUAAACAUUCAACCAGAAAACAAAGUAAUUAACCAGAUAGAAACGAUAGAACCAAAUGAAUUAGUAACUGAAUUAGCUACUACUCAAACUACCUUGGAUUCUGAAGAUGACUCAUUAGCAGAAUCAACAUCAAAAGAUGAUAAAGUAAAUUCAGUUGUGAUAAAUGAUGAAUUAGAAUCGUCAAAAAAUAUUAACAACGAUAAAGUUGUGGUGACAAGUUCGUCAAUUAAUGAAAUUACUACAGAAAAAUUAACUAGUAAAAUCGAUACUGUCGAUGAUCAAUCAGCAAUUAAAUCACAAGAACAAGUAGAAACAGCAACUGAAUCAGUGAAAAUCAAACCCGUUCCCUCAGAGACCGUGAAUACAAAUUCAGAGACUGAAGAUAAAAACGAUCAACAAAAUAAAAUUGAAAUAGAAUCGAAAAAAGUUGAUGAUUCAACCACAAUUAAAUCUACUCUUAAUGAUGAAAUUGAACCAUCAGAACUUAAUCAAGAACAUAUCGAGUCUGUAGUAAUAACUGAAGCUUCCUCUUCCAAUGAUCAUUCAGAAAUCAAUACAAUCAAACCAAUCGAGUCAACAAAAGCCUCUAAUCAACCUAUUACCUCAACCUAUGAAAUUGAUUCAGUUGAUCAAAGUAACUCGAUUGUAUCAGUUGAGACAGAAGCUCCAACUCAUUCAGUAGAUGUUGAGGAAAAUAGAUUUGAACAAUCAACUGAAUCAUCUUCAUCAAUCAAAGAAGAGACUAAAUCAUCAAAAGCUGAAAAUGAUAAUUACACAACAAGUGAAUCUUUCACUCAGAAUGAAAUCGAGUCCACAAAAUCAGAAUCUAAUCAAGAUCGAGUUGAAUCAGAACAAGUGACCGAAGUUUCCAAUGAUCAACCAGAGAUUAAAACACUCGAACCAAUUAGCUCAUCGACUGAAUUAAUCUCUAAACCUAUUACUUCAGCCCCCGAAACUGAAUCAGCUCAUAUUGAUCCAACAACCGAAACGCCAAUCGAGGAAAUCGAACCGAUUGUAUCAGAAUCUGAUCAAGACCGAGUUGCAUCAAGGUCCAUAACUGAAGCGCCCAUUCCCAAUGGCCCAUCAGAAAUCAACACAAUUAACCAGAAUGAACGAAUCGAGCCGAUUGAAUCAACAACUGACUCAAUUGUAGAUCAACCUACCAACUCACCCUCGGAAGUUGAGUCACUACAGUCUGAUUCAAUAACAGAAAAUACAGUUUCCAACGAUCAACCAGAAAUUAGUCCAAUCAACCCAAUUUCACCAGUUGAAUCAAUAACUGAAUCAAUCAAUAUUCAACCUAUUACCUCUGAAUCUAAUAGGGAAUCAAUAUCUGAAUCUAUAUCCCAACGAGAUGCAGUAGAAGACAAUUUAGUUACUGAAUCCAAUUUGAAUGAAGUUGAUUCACCAACUACUCAAAAAGUUGGCGAAACUGAUAAACCAUUGGUUAACGCUGAGGUUCUGAACAGUUUAGAAGUUGAACAAAAACCCGAAGACGCUGUUGCCGAGCCCGUUGCCAAAUCUGAAGCUCAAUCCACUGCUGAGCCCGCUGCCGACUCUGCAGCCAAAAAGGAAUCCGACUCAGCCAUUCUAACUCCCAUUCUAGAACCAGUUGUCGAGGAAGUUGUUGAGCCUGCGGUUGUUGAUAAAGUAGACCCAGUUGUUGAAAAAGUCGUGAAACCCGCCGUUGUUAAGCCAGUUGUAAAGCCUGUGGGUGAUGCCGUUGUUGAACCCGUUGUGGGUAAACAAGUCAUUGAUCCAGUUGUCGAUAAAGUCGCUGAGCCCGUGGUUAAUAAAGUCGAACCAGCACUCAAGCCAGUUGUAGACCCAAUCGUAGAACCAGUAGCACAAACACUUGUACCAGCGCCUGGACCCAUUGCACCAGAACCAGUCGAUCCAAAACCUGUCCCACCACCAGCUCCAGUUGAACCUGAGACCCCCGAACCUGAAGCUGAGAACUCCGAACCCGAAGAACCUGAACAACCAACAACCGUAGCUCCAUCACUUUGUGAACAAGCCAAAGCCGCAGGCAUUAACCUCCAUUACCCUGACGCCGCUGAUUGUAACAAGUACUUCCAUUGCAGCAACGGAGUAGCUAUUCGACAAUCAUGUCCACCCACUUUGGUCUUUGAUAAAACAAUCGACACUUGCAAUUACCCAUCAGCGGUUGAUACCAGCGAAUGUGCUUACACACCAUUACAAUGAACAAAAUGAUUAACACUUUAAAAUGAUUUAAGAAAAAAAAAUUUAUUUUGUCUCGCAGAUUAUAUAUUCUGUAUUUCCCCUUUGAAAAUGAUUAAUUAAAGUAAUUAAUAUAUAUAA